CUUCGUUAGUGUAACAACAAAGUACAGUACAUUUCAAGAGGAUAUAUCUGAACGAAAACAAAAUGAAGUUUGCCAUAUUCUUUACUUUCAUCAUUUUGAGCUGCUUGGCAGUAUUUGCCAUGGCAAAUGAAGACGCUGACUACGAUCCAAUUUCAGCCGAUUGCUUCUGUCCACGUAUGUAUAUACCAGUUUGUGGUUCAGAUGGUAGAACGUAUCACAACCAAUGCGAUUUAGAAUGUGCCCAAACCCGUGGAGUAGCUAUAACUGUUGUACGAGAGGGAACUUGUGCGGAACAACAAAGUACAGUACAUUUCAAGAGGAUAUAUCUGAACAAAAACAAAAUGAAGUUUGCCAUAUUCUUUACUUUCAUCAUUUUGAGCUGCUUGGCAGUCUUUGCCAUGGCAAAUGAAGACGCUGAUUACGAUCCAAUUCCAGUUGAUUGCUUAUGUCCACGUAAUUUUGAUCCAGUCUGCGCUUCCGAUUCCCAAACCUACACAAAUCCAUGUGAAUUUGAGUGUGCCCGAAGCAGCAUGGCACGCAUGGGCAGGAUUAUUAAAUUGCUACACUCUGGAAACUGUUAAAAUAAUAUAAUAUAAUAUAAUUUUUAUGAGAUAUGAACUUUCAAGUGUUAAAUUGUUGAUUUCCAGUUAAAAUUAAAUGUGAUAAUUGCAAAGAAAA